CAAGAAGAGGGAGGAAAAAAACCGAUCCUUCGAUUCCCCCAUGGGUGAGAGCAAUUGGUUGAGAAUGAGCUGAACAAUAAUCCCAGAGAUGGCAAUGAGUGAGGGGAAAGAGAAACCGAAAAAAUCGGAGUAUAUGGACAAUUUGAAUCAAACCUUUUGUUUGUUCCGUUUUGGGAUCUGGGAAAACAAACCCCACUAACCCUCUGCUCUGCAUAUGUAGUACUGUACUGUGUUUCUUUUGCCCGUUUCCUUCCUACUACCGUCUACCCGAAAGAAGUAGAAAAAUGGAACUGGGUUUGCCCAAUCUUCCCUAUGAGAUCGUCUUCGACAUACUCUCCAGGCUACCCGUCAAGUCUCUUUGCUGCUUCAAAUCGGUUUCCAAGACAUGGCUCGCUCAAAUCACCGACCCCCAAUUCGUCAAAUCACACCUCAAUCAAUCCAUGAAAUACAACUCAAACCACAAGCUAAUCAUCGCUCCUGAGUGGGGUCACAGUUCUGAAUCUUUCUAUUCCAUAGACUACCCAGCACCCGAUCACCCCGUCGCGGAGCUCGAAAUGCCCUGUAAGUCUGGUGUUGAAAUUUGUGGCUCUUUGAAUGGAGUCAUACUCUUAGAUAUUGAUGAUGAGUCUGGUGUUAAAAUUUGUGGCUCAUUGAAUGGAGUCAUACUCUUAGAUAUUGAUGAUGAACUAUGUCUAUGGAACCCAUCAGUUAGAAUAUACCAGAAAUUUUCACAACCUAAGCGCCCGGAUGCCCGCAGUGAUAUAAUCUAUGGGCUUGGUUAUGACUCUGUUAGUGAUGAUUUCAAGGUUGUUGCGGCUUUUUUCCCUGUAAGUGAGGACACUAGUGUUGUUCAUGUGUUUAGUUCUAAACUAAGAUCGUGGAAGAGAAUUGGAGUCUUCCCUUACUGUAUUUAUCUUUUUGGGCCGGGGUGUGUACUAAAUGGGGCACCGCAUUGGUUUGCGUCUGGCAUCACCAAUAUGUAUCUCCAUAUUGUUUGUUUUGAUGUUACGGAGGAGAAAUUCAAGGAGGUGCCCAAGCCUAUUGAUGAAAUUGAGGAUGAUCGUUUUAUUUUGGGGGUUUUGGGUGGAUGGCUUUGUGUGGUUCACCAAAGUUGGGGGAGUCAUUCUGAUGUUUGGGUGAUGAAGGAAUACGACGUGAAAGAAUCUUGGACCAAGUUGUUUGUUGUACCAAAUGUGGCAGGGGGAGAGUUCUAUUCCCAACACUUAGAGCCAUUGUGCUUCACGAAGGGUGGAGAGGUCAUAAUGAAGUGGGAUUUGGAGAAGUUAGUGAUCUACAACCCGAAACAAAAUACAUACAAGAUGAUUGGGAUCCCUUACGAUUGCAAGCAGUUUGAUGUUACUUUAUAUGUGGAGAGUCUUGUUUCACCUCAUGGCUGGAACGACACUAGAAGGUACUGCUAAUUGGAUGGAUAUAGAAGAAAAAGUGUCCUGUGGUGAAUCUCACUGGUGCGAAGGAAUCGUGAACCAAAAUUGGUGACCAUUCAGCAAUGGACGAUAACAAUUUGGUUUCACUUCAUCACUUAAAGAGGUGGGCGAUUUUGAGGGCAGUAACUAGAAGAGAGGAAGAUCAUGUAGAAUAGGUAAACUUGGACACAUUAUAGACUUGUUUUCUAACUUUUCUGGCCAUAGUUUUGGUCUUUGGGUGUCUUUGAACUACUAUUGAAUCCAGACUAUUGUUUUGUUGAUGGUAUAUAAUGAAUCGCAUAGCCGUUUCUCUUUAGACAAA